AUGUCUGUGCUGCAGGAGGGAGAGCCUGGGACAGACGAGGGCGAGAGCUGCUGCUUCUCAGGGACAUCAGGAGUGUUAUUGCGCCCGGUAGCUUUCAUCACCUCCCUGAUCUCGGACCGCUCUCGGAGGUCUUGGGUGAAGCGCGUAGCCUUCUACAAACGCCUGUUGGGGCCGUCUGUCGUGAUGGCGGCCACGGGGACGUAUUUGGCGAUCGGUCGGACGCCAAAAGGGUGUGACGGAGGCGGGCGUUUGUUUAAAAAGAAUCAGUUUUCCUCCUCUUGCAGCGGAUGGUGUUUACGGUGCAUGCGUGUAUGA